AUGAUAGUAGCAAAAUCGGAGACGACCGAUCUUGCCACCUUGAGAGAGGUUGCCAUGAGAGCAGAGGAUUCAGUAAAUGAAAUAGAAGCACAGAUGGCUGAAGGAAGGAAGGAAGAGAAAGUAGAAGAACGUGGGUUCUUCGAGUGCUGGGAACUCAUUCGGGGUAGACCUAAUCAGAGUCAGAGGUUUUCACGUCCAGUAGCCAGUUACCCCAGACAGGAGAGGAGAAGUGAACUUCCAGCUCCUAUUUGCCCACAUUGUGGGAAUCAACAUAUGGGUGUUUGCAGGAGGGUGACUGGUGGGUGUUUCCGAUGUGGAGACACCAACCACUUUCUCCGAGAUUGUCCCCAUAUGCCAGAGUCCAGGCCUGAUGGAUCCCAGACUACAAUUCAGGGUCCAGAAGGACUGAAGGUCCAGUGA